AUGGCCGCUAUUCCCGCUGAUCAGACAUGGUUUGACACCAUCAAGAAGUCCUUCGCCGACGUUCCUAUCGGUGCGGAGGAUGGCAUCUCGACAACCGAGUUCCUCGAAGCUGCCGAGUCCCUUGUGACUCUCUUUGAUGUCCUCGGUUCUGCUGCUUUCACACCCGUCAAGAAUGACCUGCUUGGCAACAUCGAGAAAGUCCGUAAGCGCCAAUUGGCCGCUCCUACCGAGUCCGAGACAUUGCAGGCCCUUGUCGUGAACGAAUUGAAGACCGGCAAGCACACUGCCACCGAGGGUCUCGUCUGGCUGGUCCGCGGUCUCGACUUCACUGCCCAAGCCCUCCGUCACAACAUCGACAACUCCGCCUCAGAGCUCUCUGACUCCUUCCGCGGCGCCUACGGCCAGACCCUCAAGCCCCACCACUCUUGGGUCAUCAAACCCAUCUUCAGCGCGGCUAUGUCUGCGACCCCAUACCGGAAGGCCUUCUAUGAGAAGCUCGGCCACGACCAGCCGAAGGUUAAUGCCGAGUUGGCCAAGGAGAUCGCUGCUCUGGAGAAGGUGGUUGCUAUCCUGAAGGCUUUCCAGGAAACUCCGGCCGCUAAGUGGAAGUAA